GGGACAGGACGGGACAGAGCAGUGCUGUGAGGAGCCCCCGCACAGCGCACUCGUUCGAGUCCGACCCGGAGCUUUUCUGUGGCGUUGUUCCUGCAGGUGACCUUGUGGCAAGACUGCGGGACUUGGUGGCCCGUGGCAUUCCCAAGGUUUCUCUUUUGCAGGUGCCCUUGAGGACUUGUGGACUUGGAGUUUUCCCAAGCCAUCUCCAGAAGGUGCCCUUGAGGCAAGAUUCUGGAAUGGCAGGCAGAUUCCUUAACCUCUUCAAAGUUUUCAGACCAAAAAAAAAGAAAGGCCCUGAAGCUGGCCCAGCACAACAGCCUGAAGAACCGGAGCAGUUCCAGACACGGCAGGAUGAUGCAUCCCUGGACGGGACACAAGUGCAGAAACCCGGCCGUGGCCGCUUCCACAGAACCCUGAAGAUGUUCCGGAAGUUUCUGCGCAUUCAGCGCAGAGAGACCGGGAGCAGUGCAGCUGAGGGCCCCGCCGAGCCUGACUCGGGGCUGACCGAGCUCCAGGCAGAGCCUGAUGUCAGCCUGGAUUCAGCUGAGCUCUCCAAAGACUUGGACACUACAAUGAAUGAGGACAGGGUGCCAGCCAUUGUAAGGAACAUCCACCAGAGGCUGGUGUCCCAUGACACUGUGGAUGCCAGGCUGCAAAUUGACAUUGUGAGGCUGGCUGAAAAACACCCUGCUGACGUGGUGCUGACCCUCCUGCGCUGUGCCCCAACGUGUGACAGAGCUGCUGCAAUCAUGUGGAAAACCAUAGGAUCAGUGGGACCAGCAGUGGAGAAAGUGCUGCCAACACUGCUGUGUGUGAUGGAGGACUGGCCUGUGCACAGCACAUCCACCUCCGAUGGGGAUGACACAGAUGUCUUUGCCCUGGCUGCAACUCUGGUGAUCUGGGUGAUUGUCCAGGUGCCUGAGUGCCACGAGGGCAUACUCCCUCAUUCUUCCCGCCUGUUUGUGGCUCUGCUCUUCCAUAUUGUCAUCACAACAAAGAGGAUGCCACCAGCGGAAGCUGGGCACUUAUGGAAAGAAUGUCAGGAAGAACAUCGCCUUACCAUCAACCCCAGCAGGUUUGCAGUGCAGACCAUGAAGGCUCUGCUCUACCGACUGCAGUGUGAGGAUGAGGUGAUGGCUAUGGAGCGCAAGCGUGGCUGGGACACGCUGCUGUGUGCUCACACCCAGCACUACGCCAUGGGUCUGCUGGCCAGGGAGAUGCGCCGUAUAUUGAUCCCUUGGUGUUCUCGCAUCGCACUCCAGUUGCUCCGGCAUCUCACUAAGCAGGACCCAUACUGGAAUCUGCCCUUCCUGGCGUUCCUUGUGGAGGUCCUCGAGUGCCUGGACUUGAGGGAAUGUGGUGGCAGUGUGCUGAAGGUCUUGUCGAGGUUCCUGCACAGCAAGUGCAGGGUGCAGCGUCGCCUGGCACUCAAAGGCCUCGUGGUGCUCAACAAGGAUCCCUCAAUGGCCAGAAGAAUGGGCAGUCUGUCCCCAAGGCUUCUGGAGCUGCUGGAUGAUGCUGAUGGAGAUGUGGUCAGCAUGACCCUCCGUGUUUUCACGAAUGUUCUCCAGCACAAAGAUAUCCUGAUAUCCAGCACCACUGCCCCACAGCUGGCUGAGGCACUCCUGCUGCUCUUUGACCAUGAGAACAGCCAUAUCCAAUUGCUCUCCAUUCAACUCUUCCGUAAAGUGAUGGAACUGGUAGUGGAUGAGGGAAAAAAGCCCCUGAAGACAAUUGUGAACAAGAGCCUGUACACACUUUUAAUUUACUCUCAUGAUGAGAACUGGGACGUGGCGGAGGCCUCUCGGGAAACACUGCUUCGAGUGGCUGAAUUCCUGAAGAGAAGGGAUCUCAAACAGUUCCUGAAGAAGCAGCCGCCCUUGAAAGUCAAUGAGGGCCCGCUGGCAGAGGACACGAGCCGAGCGGCCGAGCACCAGCGCCGGGUCCUGCGCUGCCUGCAGAGCCUACAGGAGUCCCUGCGAGAGGCGGCCAUCAGGUUCAUGGGGAUGCCCGGGCGGCGCCUGAGGAGGCAGCAGGAAGAGCUCCAGCUCAUCUGGAAUGCCCUUCAAGCCCGGAGGCAAGGUGCCAGCCCAUCAUCCUCUAGCCUGGAAAAUCAAGCCCGAUUUCACCAAACAGCUGGAGAAGUAGGGACAUCAUCUGGAUCCAGUGAACCAGUGUCCCAAGAACAGCACCAGGAGACACUGAAGGGGACAUCACCUCUCAGCACAGCUGGAGCUCCAAGCACAGCCGACGCUGGGCAAAGAUCUCCUGGCUUCAGCUCUCUCCCUGCCUGUAGAUAGCUCCCUCCCUCCCUCCCUGCCUCCCUCCGACAUUGCCCAUCCCCAUUUUUCUCUCCACUAUUAGUCUCUUUAGAUAGCUCUGCCCCACCAGCCCUCAACCUAUCCAGGUCCUUUUUUACCCUCUAUUCUCCCUCCCUGUUAACAGGUCUAUCCCCUCAGCCCUCAGACACUGCCCAUCCCCAUUUUCUCCCUCCCAGCUCUUCCCUUUGCUUCCCCUGCCAUUAAUAAACAGUUUGGCUUCUUCA